AUGCGGUGCAAUCGAACAGACGGAAUGCCUCGCGGAGACUUCAACAUCUAUUUUGCCAGCAGCAGAGGAGGAUUUGUCAGAGCUGAGGAGGCAGUGGGAAUAGUUCUGCUGGUGGUCAUCCUGGCAGCUCUGCUCAUCAUGGGCUGCUGGUACUUUAAGAAGAGGAGCGGCUACAGAUUAAUCAGGAGCCCCAGAUCGGGAUCACCAGGUGUCACAAGGGGCCAGUACUCCGAGGCCGGACCUUCCGCAGAUAACAAGAUGGCUCUCACCGACUUCGGCAGCCUCCGAACUGCGGUUCCCAACGCUCCUCCAGCCUAUGAAAAGAUUUCCACGGGCCCAAUGCCUCCUCCCUAUUCCCCCUGA